AUGCAACCUUCACGCUCUCAACCCCGCGGCCCGGGCAGCUUCAAUCCUUUAUCCAGCUCUUCUGCCCAGCCUUCACAGCUUUCAACAUCAUCCUCGAGACCUGCUCUACGCCGAGUCGAAACCUCAGACGGCGAAGACGAGACCCCCCGACCGUCCAUAACAAUACCCAAGUCGCGACAACCCUCACAACCGCAACCCUCGUCUCCCGCGACACCGAUAUACGCUCAAUUCACGACACAUGGAAACUCGAGUACGGCGAGCUUAGGCCACCAUAACUUUUCGAGGCCGGCGAACUCAAGGUCCGUCACGCAAGGGUCGCCGGCGACAUUGGUCAAGGGUCAUGCGCGCAAGCAUUCCGCUACGCAAGGCUCAUUCGAACCUACCCUACCGUCCAUGAGCACGUCGAAUCUAUCUUCGCAUCUCGGAAUGUCUCAUCAAAACCCAUCAAACACUUCUAUGUCUGCGGCGGCGGCGGCUGCUGCGGCUGCCUCUGCUUCCAAUGCCAGCUUGUCCGCGAGCCAGAUGGCGGCGCAGGCGGCUGUCAUGUCGCACCAGAACCAUUCACGUCAACGCUCACAGACAGUACCUUUCCCUGGCGAUCCGAACGACGGUGUACGACGAGGUAGCGGUAGCAAAGGUCCCACGAGUCCGCCCAUGUUGAGUUUGACCGAGGCGAGUGCGCCGCGGGAUACCGGGUUCGUGAAUCAUGGUGGAUAUGGAGGGCCUCACUCUUCUGCUGCCACGGCGGCUGCGAAUGUUGUUUUCCCUCGAUCUGGUCACACGUCUCCUAGGGUAUCACCUCAACCAUAUUCGCAACCGCCCGCACCGCCACCCCCUGUGUCGGAAAAGCCAAAUAAAAUAGAAAAGUCCAAGGUCAAGCUUUUCUCUCGUCCAGGCAAGAUCAGCACAAAGGGUGAGUCGAAAGAAAAGCCGCUUCCGAGUCCAGGAAAGAUUGGCUCUGCGUUAUCGGCUCUUCAGCGUGGGAAUUUUAGUACAAACAGCUUGGUUGAUCCAAGUAAUCAAUCCAUAUACAACCUCAACAACUCGUCUUCGGCGACCAUACGACCUAUCGAAACGCCUACUGAAGAAAGAGAAAAGGACAAAGAGAAGGGAAAGGAAAAGGAGAAGAAGCACCACUUCCUAUCGCGACAGAAGCAUAAACUUAAAGAUGAAUACCACCUCCCGUUAUCAUCGGCGGCCAGCAACUCUCGCCCAACAGAUCCCAACGCGCCAAAUCCUUUAUACAACUUCAAUAUCCCACCAAGCCCAGCGCCCACAUCUUCCACUUUUGCCAAAGCUAAAAAGGACAAGAAGCUCGCUGAACGAUCGGAUAGCCGGCUAGAUGGCGAGUCGAGUUUUAAUGGGCAGAGCGAAUGGCCCGGACCUAGCAGUCUGCCAUCCCUGUCUCAACAAUCGACCAUGUAUGAUCCCAUUGAUCCCGGAAAGCUAGGCCUCCAUAACCAUAUGUCGCUGGACGAUGCGUGGCCAUACUUGAGAGCUAAGCUGCUGGUCAUCUUUGAGGGCGAGGAUCUGCGUCUCCCUAUAGAAGACUUCAAUCGGGUUGUACAGAUGCAUAUCCAAUGGUGCAUGCACAGACGCUCACCAAACACAAUGUUGGAAGAUUUACGAGAUCUCCUACAUACAGGGUUCCUGUCACUUGAUCGAACUUUGCGGCAGACCCCUGAGGAUCGCUUUAUUCCAACGCUUGUGGAGCUUUGGAUGUUUACCUUCACCUCCAUCCUGCCAUACAUGCAGGCCGUCUUCCUCCCAUUGGAUCUUGAGGUAUCAGGCUGUGGUACACUUAUGACCGGAGAGCAAGCCCGUGACUUCUGGGGCGGUGCUAUCGCUUCUUCAUUUGGCUCAGGAGGACCAGCUCGUGUGGCUCCAGCACCAUCAGUUCUUGAUGUAAGAAGGCUAGUCCUCAUCGCUUACAGAGAUACUGUCAUUCUACCACGCUACGACACACUCAAGACCAUAUUUUCACGGCUGUCUCUCGAAUUUUUACCAUCAUCAUUAGCAAGCAUAGCAAUGUCGUCUACACCUGAAGCGGCACUAUCCACUUCACCUUCCGAAUCGUUCGGCCGUCCCGGCACAGCGAUGUCUCUUGAUCCAUCCAACGCUUCUUACAACUCCACAAGCACAACCCUCCUUGGAGAAGGUUCCGCCGGAGGUCGUAGUCGCGCCAUCAGCAAUGUCAGCUUCGGCAGUCACGGCAGUGAUGGUGGCUUAAGACCGUUCACCCCCUCGGGAAGCGAAAGAAUUCCACCCGUGCCCUCCUUGGGCAGUCUACGGGAACGCGAGCAGAAUGUUGAGGACUCAAAACACAUCACUGAAAUGGUUGGUCGAAUGCUGCAGUGUAUGAGUGUCUUGUCGGGCGUGUCGGCUGGUGAUGUUGGCGCUGAAGGGAACGAGAGGGUCGUGGAGCUAUGCAAGAUGUUGAAGCUCAACUGGCUGGGUAGAGGAAGAACGGGAAGGAACAGAAGAGGAAUGGUAGGAGGCAGAGUGAGGAGAGAGGAUAUGAGGGAUGAAGUUCGUGUUAUUUAG